CCGCCCAAGUUAAUGCUACCGGGGGGAGGGGGCGGAGAGAAGAAACAAACCCACUUCUCCGGCGACAUUGAAGGGAAUUCAGCCAGAAUUGAGAAAUAAACAUCACAUUUUUAGUAAACUCCAGACGCGGGUUACGUAAAGGGGAAUCGGCUAACUUAGCUAACUGGCUUGUCUCGCUCCGGUGUCGAGCUAACGAGCAGCAAGGCUAACCUGUAAGUUGUCUCCGUAGCUGGUUAGAACAACUUGUUCUGGGGAAUCCCCUCGAUGGACGCCUUCAUUAAAGUCACGAAUCAAAGCCAAGGACGGGAUCGCCUUUUCAGAGCAACCCAAUAUGCGUGUGCAUUGUCGAAAUAUCUGCUUCGAAACAACUCGGAAAGGAGGACCCUUGUGGCCAAACUCCGAAGUCUGGAGUCCAACAUGAGCACCGGGCGCAAAUUGUUGAGACUGGGGAACGCGGUAAGCUCCAUUGAAGCUGCCAAGCAAACCAUGAAACUCUCUGAUCCAGUACUGUGCCUAUGCCUCACAGUGGCCAACAUCAACCGCACCCUCUACUUUAUCUGCGACAAUGUUCUUUGGGCCAGAAGUGUAGGUCUAAUCCGUGAUAUCGACCAAGACCGCUGGAGCCUAAAUUCUUCCCGCUACUAUUUCCUCUCGCUUGUUAUGAACCUGACCCGAGAUGCCUACGUAAUUGCCCAGCUAAUGGUGAAUAGAGCGAGAGACGAGCGCUUUCAACACAGAGUCCGUCAACACCUCAAUGAUAGUCCUGAGGUGGUGGAAUGUGUUGUCCCUCAGAUGGACGCCUUUCUUUUCCUGUUGCUCGACUGCCUGAAAAGUCAUCCUGCUGUGACCUUAGACAUGCUGAAAAAUGUAUGUGAUCUUUUCAUUCCAUUGGACAGGUUGGGUAUAUACCACACAAAUGCAGGAGUGGUUGGAUUUUGUGGUCUGGUAUCCUCACUACUGGGGAUAGUAACCCUCCUGCAGCCAAAAUUUAAAAUUAAACCCUAAUGGCAGGAUUUGAAAGAGACUAUAAUAUGUAGUGAGAAACAAUUAGUUUUAUAUUGAAACUCGGGCCUUUAAAGGGAUUUAGUAUGAGCUUCAUUCCUAAGGGUUAUUGGGUCCACAAUGACCGGAUAAUUUGGUGUAGGCUAGAUUUUAUCGGCACUUUUGCGAACUAGCCUGAAUCUUUAGCACCACCUUUUUCAGCCACACUCAGCCUAGCAAUAACUUCUUCUCUAGAAAGGGCUGCACUUUUUUUUGUGCUUACUUUUGUAGGUUCCAGAGACUCGAUGAGAAAUCAUGAUGGACAAUUAUUGGCCAGGUGUUCAAUUGUUACAGGUCAUUUUUUUCAAUUAUCUACAACUUUGACACCGUAUUUUAUGAUACAUUAUGGUACCAGCUGAUAUUCAUUGGCCAAUACGUUGUGUCAAACGGUAACGACUCAGUUUGUGCUUCAUUUUCACUUUGCAUUUUACGACCGUUUAACCCCCCCCCCCAAAAUACA